AUGGGCAACAGCAAAAGUGUCUCCCUGUCCAAGGAUCUCCUAGAGGAGCUGAAAUUGAACACCAAGUACAGCGAGGAGCAGCUAUGUACCGGGUACCAGACCUUCCUGAGAGAGUGUCCCAGUGGGCAAAUCAGCAAGCAGCAGUUUGAGGCCAUCUACAUCAAAUUCUUCCCCGACGCAGACCCCAAGGCUUAUGCACGCCACGUCUUCAGGAGCUUCGAUUCCAACAGUGAUGGGAUGCUGGACUUUAAGGAGUACAUCAUGGCCCUGCACUUGACCUCCUCUGGGAGGACCAUACAGAAACUGGAGUGGGAAUUCAACCUGUACGACUUCGACCACAACGGAAGCAUAACUAAGAAGGAGAUCCAGGAGAUGGUCGAGUUGAUAUUCAACAUGAUCUCCAAAGAGGACAAGAAGAAUCUUCCUGAUGAUGAGAACACACCAGAGAAGAGAGCUGAUAAAAUCUGGGAUUUCUUCGGCAAGAAAGAAAAUGGGAAGCCUUGUUUUCAUGUUUAGGAACCACUCAAAGAAUAGUUCAAGAAAAUCGUACAUAUAUUGUAUAUUGUAUUUUGAUGAAUGCAUUUUGAGCUUAUGUGCAAUGAGCAUUGUAAAUCUAUCUAUUAUUGUAUCUGUUAUAUGUUCUGUCCUUUCAGAUAAGCUAACAGAGGAGGAGUUUAUCCAGGGAGUGAUGGACAACAAGAACAUCCUCAGACUGGUGCAGUUUGACCAGCCACAGAAGGUACAGGAGAGACUGAAUGAGAUGAAACAUUAGCUGCUGACUACGCCAUCUUUUUAACGUUUUUUUCACUUCAACUUUAUAUUUCCACGUCAGUCUCACUGGGACAAAAUAUUCACAUCAAGAGAGACCUGAAGCUUGCAAUUUUUGCUGUUAAGUUUGUAACAUAGCACUUGUU